ACUUCGAAUUAUUGGAGAGAAGGAUUAGGGAGGGGGUUCAGAUCGGAGAAGGCGUUGGUUUUUAAUAAGGGGCGGUGGGGAGGGGCCCAUCAAUCCUGCGUCUAUAAAUAAAUAUAUCAGCCAUAAGCUUGGAGUCUGACGCCCCUUCAACCAUUGGCAGUUGCAGUUCUACAGAAAGUGAGACGAAGAAGAAAGAACUUAUAUUGGGAUUAGGAAAUAAUCCCCUGUACUACCUCCGUCGUCGGAUCGCCUGUAGCCAUUCUCUCUCGCUCUCUCUCGCUUUCUAUUCUGUUUCAUUCCCUUCUACUUUCAGUUAGGUAUGGCAUCAUCUGAUAAGCCGGAUAUACUUGAAAGGGAUGUUAAGGAGAAAGAUCAUAAGGAAGAUGAAAAGGAAGAAGGGAAGGAAGGUUUCAUUGAAAAGGUAAAGGAUUUCAUUCAUGACAUUGGUGAGAAGAUUGAGGAAGCAAUUGGAUUUGGGAAGCCAACUGCAGAUGUUACAGGAAUUCACAUUCCAUCAAUAAAUCUUGAGAAGGCAGAAAUAGUUGUUGAUGUGCUUAUAAAAAAUCCAAACCCAGUUCCUAUCCCUCUAGUUGAUAUAAAUUAUUUAAUUGAGAGUGAUGGACGGAAACUAGUUUCUGGGUUAAUUCCUGAUGCUGGGACAAUCCAUGGGCAUGGUUCUGAGACUAUCAAGAUACCAAUGACACUGAUAUAUGAUGACAUUAAGGAUACAUACAAUGAUAUAAAACCCGGAAGCAUUAUUCCUUAUAGGAUCAAGGUUGACCUCAUAGCAGAUGUGCCCGUUUUUGGCAGGCUGACGCUGCCACUUGAGAAAACUGGAGAGAUCCCCAUACCUUACAAGCCUGAUAUUGAUAUAGAGAAAAUACGCUUUCAGACGUUCUCUUUUGAAGAAACUGUUGCAGUUCUUCAUUUGAAAUUGGAGAAUAAGAACGACUUUGAGUUGGGCGUAAAUGGACUGGACUAUGAGCUUUGGCUAUCUAAUAUGAGCAUUGGUGGUGCUGAACUCUCUGAAUCUACUAAAAUUGAUAAAAAUGGGAUCAGUUAUAUUGAUAUUCCCAUCACAUUUCGUCCUAAGGACUUUGGCUCUGCACUUUGGGACAUGAUCAGAGGGAAAGGUACUGGCUACACCAUGAAAGGGUAUAUUCAAGUUGACACACCCUUUGGAGCAAUGAAACUACCCAUCAGCAGGGAGGGUGGAACUACCCGCCUCAAGAAGAACAAAGAAGAUGGUGACGAAGAAGAUGAUGAUGAUGAGGUAGAUAUACUUUAUUAAUUUUUUGCUAGAUUAUAAGUUUUAUCCUCUUUUGGCACAUGCUUAUAUAUUUAUUUCUACACUUGUUCUAUAGAUUUUAUCAAGAACUUGAAUUAUAAUCUUCCUACUCACAAUGUGUGUUAAGAACCAUUGCUUCUUGCACAUCUGUGUAACUUAUAUUAAUUUAUUAUUAUUUUGGGGUUUGAAGCUGUUAGUAUUAUGUUCACACAAGUUAUUG